AUGAAGUCCACUUGGAGGUUGAAUUUGGUUGAAGCGUUUGUGCUGGAUCCAGAACUACGUCAGUGCCUUCAAGAAGAUCUCUUACGUCGCUUUCCAGACCUCAACCGGAUGGCAAAGAAAUUUCAGAGACAAGCAGCAAACUUACAGGACUGUUACCGAAUGUACCAGGCUAUUAAUCAAGUGCCUAAUGUUGUAGAAGCACUAGAAAAACAUGAAGGAGCUCACCAGAUGUUGUUGUUGGCAGUGUUUAUAACACCCCUUAAUGAUAUCUACUCUGACUUCUCAAAAUUUCUGGAGAUGAUAGAGACAACAUUGGAUAUGGAGAAGGUGGAGAAUCAUGAAUUUCUUGUCAAGUCUUCUUUUGAUCCUAAUUUAACAGAAUUAAGUGAGAAGAUGAAUGAACUGGAAGAGCAAAUGCAGUCCUUGUUAAAGACUGCAGCCAAAGAACUAGGUUUGGAAGCUGGCAAAAGUAUCAAACUGGAGACAAAUUCACAGUUUGGACAUCACUUUCGAAUAACUUGCAAGGAGGAAAAAGUUCUCCGCAACAAUUCAAAAUAUGCAAUACUUGAUACACAGAAGAAUGGUGUGAAAUUCACCAACAGCAAACUGAGCUCUGUCAAUGAAGAAUAUAAAAGGAACAGAGAAGAGUAUGAAGAGGCUCAGGAUGCAAUUGUUAAGGAAAUCAUUAGCAUUGCUUCAGGUUAUGCAGAGCCAAUGCAGAUGAUGAACGACGUGAUAGCUCAGUUAGAUGUGAUUGUCAGUUUUGCUCACGUGUCCAACGGAGCACCGGUGCCGUAUGUCCGUCCUGUCAUUCUGGAAAAGGGACAGGGGAGGAUUGUGCUGAAAGGUGCAAGGCAUCCUUGCCUCGAAAUGCAGGAUGAGGUGGCUUUCAUCCCCAAUGACGUUACAUUCGAGAAAGGCAAGCAGAUGUUCCACAUUAUUACUGGCCCUAACAUGGGGGGAAAAUCAACCUACAUCCGGCAGACAGGAGUGAUUGUUCUUAUGGCCCAAAUUGGGUGUUUUGUUCCGUGUGACUCUGCAGAAAUAACCAUUGUGGAUUGUAUCCUGGCUCGGGUGGGAGCAGGAGACAGUCAGCUGAAAGGCGUGUCUACUUUCAUGGCUGAAAUGCUGGAAACUGCUUCAAUCCUUAGGACAGCAUCUGAGAACUCCCUGAUAAUUAUUGAUGAGCUGGGAAGAGGAACUUCUACCUACGAUGGCUUUGGCUUAGCAUGGGCUAUCUCAGAAUACAUUGCUACCAAAAUCUGUGCUUUCACUAUGUUUGCUACACAUUUUCAUGAACUGACAGCUCUUGCUGACGAAGUGCCAACAGUAAAUAACCUACAUGUUACUGCUCUGACCACUGAUGACACACUGACGAUGCUUUAUCGUGUCAAGGAAGGUUUUUGUGACCAGAGUUUUGGAAUACAUGUAGCAGAGUUGGCAGCUUUCCCAAAACACGUGAUAGAAAGUGCAAGAGCGAAAGCCUUGGAGCUGGAGGAGUUUCAGAACAUUGGCAAGUCCAAGGACUCUGAAGGAGAACCAUCAGCCAAGAAACCCUACAGAGAGAGAGAGGAAGGUGAAAAGAUAAUUCAGGAUUUUCUUUGUCAAGUGAAAGCAUUGCCCCUGACAGACAUGUCAGAAGAAGACAUCAAAAUCAAGCUGAAACAGCUGAGAAAUGAUGUGCUGGCAAAGAACAACAGUUUUGUGAAUGAAAUAAUUUCUCGAAUGAAAGUUACAUCAUUAUAGGUGUGAGAACAGCAUACAGCUCUUGAAGCCUAUUUUGCAUUGAAAGAACUAUAAUUUUCUUGUCUUGUAGCUUUUAUACUUUAUGAUACUUGUACUGAUUUAUGUAGGCAUUUUUUUUCUUGGAUUGUAAUUAUUUUGUAAAAAAUUCUGAGCACAUUAUGUGCCAGAUUCCUGCUUUAGUUGUGACCACUGUACUCUUCUAGAAGUUUUCAAUAAAGUGCUUUUUCAUAUUGAGAGAA